AUGGAUAAAUCAACAUUAAAAUUUUCAAGUAAAAUAGCUGUAUUUAUAUUAUGUAUUCUUGGUUUAAUUGAAUUAGCAUUAGCUUUAUGGACUGUACUUGAUAAACGAUAUAGAACUUUAGCGUAUAAUCUUGCUGAUGUUGGUUAUAUUGAUCUAUGGAUAUUACGAUAUUUAUCUUUAUGUUUAUUUGCAUCAUCGAUUAUAACAUUAUUUAUGUGUUUAAUAUUAAUAUGGGGUUUAUUUUCAGCACAUGCAUUUUUAUUUAUUGCAUCAACAAUGAUUUUAAUUAUUUGUAUUGGUGAACUGACCAUUUCAAUACUUACAUUUGCAAGUAAAUAUGAAACAAGACUUACACUUAUAGAACAAUUACCAAAAUUAGUAAUCACUUAUCGACAAGGUACUGAUGAACGUGCUAAACGAGCUUUAGAUAUACUUCAAAUGACAUUUUAUUGCUGUGGUGCAGAAGGACGAUUAUCAUAUCAAAAUAAUGUACCAUUAAGUUGUAAUAUGUUUAGUGUUGGAUGUCUUACACGUACAAUAUAUUUUCUUGAUUAUUCUAUGGAUACAUUAGCAUAUAUAUCAUUAUUUUUUAGUUUAAUUAAACUUUUUAUUGUUCUAUUUUUUUAUUCGUUUCUUUGUAUACAUUAUCAAGAUCGACGAAAUCGUUUGAGAUACAAUUAUCAACCAUCAAAUGAAUCACAAUUACGACAUCAAUCAUCAAGUUAUGAUUCUUCAUCUACAGAAAAUUUACCAAAAAAAUCUCGUAUACCAACAACUAUGACAGAUCAAGAUGAUGAUGAUGAUGAUAAAUUUCUUGAAAGACAACAUGUUUCAUCUAAUACAUAUAGUUCUUCAUCACCAUCAUCAUCAAGUAAACGUAUACAGAAUGCAUCUACUAUAAUCGUACCAGCAUUAAUGGAUAAUAAUGAUUUAAUGGCAUAUUAUGAAAAACAAAAUGCAUCCAGAAAAUUAUCUUCAAUAUCAGAAAAAACGGAAAAAACUGAAACGGAUGAUAGUGAAUCAGAUAAUUUACGUCUUAAAUAUUAUAAACAAAAACCAAUUACAUCAAUUGAUCAUGAUAAACAAUAUCGAUCGACGCUACUAAGAAAACUACCUCCAAUUACACCUCGACGAAAAAUCCAACAAGACGACGAUAAUGAUAAUGAUUCAGGUGUCGAACGUUCGUCAUCAGAAAAAUCUUUUGAAGAUCACAGGAAUCAAAAACAAUAUUUUGAUAGUGUGGAUAUAACUCCAGAAUAUGAACAAACAAAUAAGAAUACCUCUUCUUUACUUAAUUUUUCUAAUAUUUUUCUAACAUCUACUUCUCAAUUUGAAUCUACAGAUAAUCAAAUGAAACAACCUCUCAAAGCGACAUCAUCAUUCGAUCAUUUACUACGAAAUGAUAUUAUAACACCAAAACCAAUUUUAAAAAAAUCUUCUCAGCAAAGAUCACCAACUCGAAUUCUACCAAAUAAUCAUAAUCAAAAACAAGUUUCAUCAAUGUAUACAAAAACAACUUCUUUAUUAAAAAAUAAUCGAAAAUUAAAACCAAAAUCAUAUUUAAAACAAAAUGAAAAUCUUAUUUAA